AUGGCAAUGGCAAGCAACAAAACACAAUGUUUUAAAUGCAAGAUAGAAAAAAUAACAUAUCCUUGUAAAGGAUGUUCGAAAGAAUUUUGUUUAAUUCAUUUAACAGAACAUCAACAAAUAUUAAAUGAAGAAUUAAAUAAAAUCACCAAUGACUAUAAUGAAUUUAAACCAAAAAUUAAUGAACAAAAAGAACAAUCACACAAUUAUUCAGUAAUAAAAAAAAUUAAUCAAUGGGAAAUAAAUAGAAUUGAACGAACUCGACAACAAGCACAACAGUACCGAGAACUUGUCAUUAAAUCAUCCGCACCAUUAACAGUUAUUAAUGAUAUCGAAAUAAAAUUUAAUGAUUUAAGUGAACAAAUAAAACAAAUUCAUAAAGAAAAUAUAUUUAAUGAAAUUAAUUUAAAUUAUUUAACAGAUCAAUUGAAGAAAAUGAUACAAGAAUUGAAUAACCCACCAAAUAUUUCUAUCGCACUAGAUUCACAAUCACAAGUUGAUGAAAUUCUACUUAUUAUAUCAAGAAAAUACAGAUGGGACAGAUGGAGGCAAAUUGCCAUUACUGUGGCUGGUGGAAAUGAUCAAGGACAAAAACUAAAUCAACUGAAUGGUCCUCAAGGAAUUUUUAUUGACAAAAAUAAAAAUAUUUUCAUUGCUGAUCUUUGGAAUCAUCGUAUUGUGGGAUGGAAAUGUGGUGCAAAGGAAGGACAAAUUAUUGCAGGUGGAAAUGGCAAAGGAAAUGGAAUGGGUCAAUUGAAUGAGCCAUCAGAUGUGAUUGUUGAUCAACAAAAUCAUUCGAUCAUCAUUGCCGAUUCUGAGAACAAACGGGUUAUUCGAUGGUUUAAUCAAAAUCAACAAAUUCUCAUUAAGAAUAUUGAUUGUUGGGGCUUGACAAUGGAUAAACAUGGAUUUCUCUAUGUUUCAGAUUGGAAGAAUAAUAAAGUGAGACGUUGGAAAAUGGGAGAAUAUGGCAAUGAUGGAAUUGUAGUGGCAGGUGGAAACGGAAAAGGAUAUCAACUCAACCAAUUAUAUGGCCCUACUUUUAUCUUUGUUGAUGAAAAUCAAUCUAUUUAUGUAUCAGAUACCUACAAUCAUCGUGUAAUGAAAUGGGAAAAAGAUGCAAAACAAGGAAUAGUUGUGGCUGGAGGAAAUGAUCACGGAGAAAAUCUCAAUCAAUUGUUCCAUCCUCGAGGAGUAGUUGUUGAUCAUUUAGGUCAAAUCUAUGUGGCGGAUUGUAUGAAUCAUCGAGUAGUGCGUUGGUGUGAAGGAAAAAGUGAAGGUGAAAUUGUUGUUGGUAGAAAUAAAAGAAGAAAUCAAUUAAAUCGAUCGAAAGGUCCAAUGGGUUUAUCUUUUGAUGAUGAAGGAAAUCUUUAUGUUGCUGAUUUUAAUUAUCAUCGAAUUGAAAGUUUUAAAAUAAUUUUGUGA